AUGGCGUCUGAAUUGAAAGUCAAAAAAUCGACUCGCGAAUUAUCUGUCGUACCUGCAAUUUCCUUCAGUUUUGUGGAGGAAGUUGUAGGAAAGUGUGUUAAAAGUGAUGGAACAGAAGAGCUCACCAAAGGAUAUAAGUAUUUUAGUGAGAAAUACGUAGUAAUAAAGAAAGGACCGGUGUUUGGAAGAGAAGACAGCAAGUGUUCCUGUGCAUUUGGUAGAUCUGGAUCUUGUGGACACAUUGUAGGUGUAUUGUACUCCAUUGCACAUAUGAAAGCAUCCAAUCUUAAGGCAGUUCUGACUGAUGUUGCCAAGACUUCCUUACCACAAACUUGGCAUGUUCCAAGACGUGAGAAAAUUUGUGGCAGUUCAUCCGACAAUAUAACUGUCACAGGAUUCAACACAAGUGACCCCAGGAUGAAGACCCGUGGAUUAAAAACAACCUUAUAUAAUUCCGUAAAUUCAGAGUGUCCACCGAUUGGAGAACUGUGUGAAGCUUUGUCUUCCAUUGACAAAUCAUGUCUUUUGUUAUCAGUUGUGAGCUCCAGUGAGCAGCAGAAAGAUGUGUGUACCAAGUUCGGGAAUUUUCCUAUAGGAUCACCCAAAGGAGUACAGCAGAAACUGCACAGUGAAUACGUUCUAAAUAUCUUGGAUGCUGAAGAUUUCCCAUCUUUACCGAAGCAAAACACCAUGAUUAACAAUGUGGCAGUAGUUCUAGACUAUAAUAAAUCUGUGAAACUGGAGUCACUGUCAGUGUCGGAGAUGCAGGCCAGUGAAAUUGAAGUUUCCACCCGCCUUCAGUCCCAGGAUCCAAAAUGGCACAAAAUACGCCAAGACAGAAUUACAGCAUCUGUUGCAGGAGACAUUAUACGACGGAAAAAAGAUUGUGAGCCACUUGUGGCACGACUGAGGACCACACGGAAGGUAGUUUCAGCAGCAAUGAGACACGGCUUAGCAUGUGAACCUACAGCUGCAUUAGCGUAUGUGCAGGCUAUGGAUGAAGAUGUUAACAUCUACCCAUGUGGUCUUGUUAUAAGACCAUUGUCAUCCUGGAUAGCAGCCACACCAGACAGGAAUUCAAAGACUUUUUGCGAUUGA